UCAACGCCCGCGUGCGCGUGUGACAGCAGUCGCGAGACAGAGUGAAAUGUGCAAGUUUACCAGUUCAAAGUCACAGCAGCAGACGUGAAAGUGACACGAAAGGUCUUUAAACAGCUCUCUCCGGCAACAUGAAGCCCUGCAGUCGCGGGUGCAGUGUGAUUUGAGCGGGUUUUGGUGAGGAAGUGGAUAGUGACUGACUGCUGUUUAUGUAAGUGGAUGGUGACUGUACUUUAUCAGUCCGUAUUUGUGUGCGUAUGAGGUUAGCAGACAAACUUCAGGGGAAUGUUUCGUCAAACUGCGAUCAGAGCCCGAUAAAGUCGGCGUGUUUCCUCCUGAAUUCGAGUAGAGACCUACAACAGGUGCGGUCAGAGAAUAAGGUGUGUGUUUUUGUGUCCAGCCAGCGAGCCCUCCUGUGUGCUGGUGUGUAUGAAUGGGUGAGGUUGGCAUGGGUAAUGCAGUUCAGGGACGCCAGGGGGCGCUCACACAGGGCGAGGUGCUGCCACGCCCCUCCUCCAGCCAGUCAGAGGGUUUUAAACAGGGUCGUUCGGUGUUGAACUCUCUGCUCUCUGGGGCGUUUGCAGGGGCCGUGGCUAAAACAGCUGUUGCCCCUCUGGACCGAACCAAAAUCAUCUUCCAAGUGUCGUCGAAUAGAUUCUCCGCUAAGGAGGCGUACAGGUUAAUUUACCGCACAUAUCUUAAGGAUGGAUUCUUCAGUCUGUGGAGGGGAAACUCGGCCACUAUGGUUCGUGUUAUUCCGUACGCUGCCAUCCAGUUCUGCGCCCAUGAGCAGUACAAGAGGAUUCUGGGAAAUUAUUAUGGCUUCCAGGGCAAAGCUCUACCUCCUGUGCCAAGACUGCUGGCUGGUUCACUGGCGGGCACCACAGCUGCCAUGAUCACAUACCCACUGGACAUGGUCCGGGCACGCAUGGCCGUCACGGCCAAAGAGAUGUACAGUAACAUCCUGCAUGUGUUUGUGCGUAUCUCUCGUGAGGAGGGACUGAAGACUAUCUAUAGGGGAUUCACUCCUACUAUACUGGGCGUCAUACCGUACGCUGGGCUCAGUUUCUACACCUACGAGACCCUAAAGAAACUCCAUGCAGAGCGAACAGGCCGUCCGCAGCCGUACUCUUACGAGCGUCUGGCGUUCGGAGCCUGCGCGGGGCUGAUCGGUCAGUCUGCCUCCUACCCACUGGACGUGGUGCGCAGACGCAUGCAGACAGCGGGCGUCACCGGUCACACCUACAGCACCAUCGCCGGCACCAUGCGGGAGAUCGUAGCGGAGGAGGGCGUCAUCCGCGGCCUCUACAAAGGCCUGAGUAUGAACUGGGUCAAAGGUCCAAUCGCAGUCGGUAUUAGCUUCAUGACCUUUGAUGUGAUGCAGAUCCUCUUGCGAAAAUUUCAUCAGUUAGGUUAUAAUGCGCGGUAGCCCGCAGGGGGCAGCAGAGAGAGACGAGAAGAUGAAAUUACAGCUGCACUCCAGUAAGCUCGCAUCAGUGGAUGAACAAAGACGUUUCGUUGCAGCAUCAAGGCAUCAGAUGGUGCAAACAUCUCGUAAAAAGAUGCAUGAGCGACAUCGUAGAGCCUGUUGCGCAAGAAAACGGGAAGAGACGUUUAAUUUUUUAAUCUAAAGCAUAUGCUGCCAGUGAAGAGUAGAGAGUGUGGUGUCUCUCAAAUGCAGAAACCUAAUAGUUUUGACAAAAGUGUGAUGUUUACUGUUUAAAUUUUGACUUCCUGAUGAAAGACUUUGCAGACGUGUGUUUUGGCAUACACUGAAUGAAUGUCCUGCAUCUACUGCUGUCACAGACCGGACGUCCUGUGUGCAAUAUUUACUGUCCUGAAUGUCUUUUUGGACACACAUGGUAUGCAAUGCUUACAGUAUUUUCCUGUGUACAGGAAUAUCUCUACAGUAUAUGUAAAAUAUCUACAGUAUAUGUAAAAAUGGCUUUAUCAACUUUCUGCCUGUGGUUACACACAAGUCAAAAAAAUUGACUCAUCUUUCCAAACCCUUUCUAACAAUGUUUCUUCAUCUGUAGAUGAUGUUUUGCAGAAUGUUUAUGCUCUUCUUUCCAUACGAUGAAAGCAUACGGUGACCAGUGACUGUCAGGCGUCAACAGUAAUGCAUUUAAGUUUGAAAACGCUUUAAUUUAGCUACAUUUACACUAGAAUGGCGCUUUCCUCAACCAAAAACUAGGGAUGCACCGAUACCGCUUUUCUCUUCCGAUUCCAAUAUCUGAAAUCUCAUUAUUGGCCAAUAUCGAUUCCUAUCCGAUACUAGUGUUGUUGUUUUUCAUUAUUAUUAUUAUUAUUAUUAUUUACUUUUUAGAAUUUUAAAAUACAACAGUAAUAUAUUUCAGUUAUGCACUUUUAACUCUCGAGCUUUUAUUUUGACUGUCAGAACACUCCAGGAUGUCCUGUAAGUGUCUGUAUGUGGGCUUGUUCACAGUAGUUUAAUUAGAUUCUUAUUCAAAUUCUGGUAAAAUGCUCAUCUGGUGCUGUUCUAAAUGCAUAUGAUGCCAAACUAUUGAGCAUCUACAUCUGAUGUGUUGUUCAUGAGUAGCGCUCAAAUGUGAAAACAGCCGCGACCGCCUCACUAGCGUGCGCGUUAUGUGUGUCAACAGCUGCACCAUUCACUAAAAUGCACUGCGCAUGCAUACUGUGUAUUUACUUAUUAAACGCAGCGUUUUGCGAUUUCACAAAUCUAUCGCAUGUCUAUGUGGCUUUGAAUAAAUGCACGAGUCAUAUGGACUACUUUAAUGGUGUUUUUAUGCUUCUUUUAUGGAGCUUGACAGUAACAAACAUGACUAACACACAGUAUUGGAUUUGGAUCGGGCUCGUAGGACCGAUACCUGAUUUGUCUAAAACGUUAGUAUCGUAGCUGAUACCGAUCCAGGUAUCGGAUCGGUGCAUCCCUAGCCAAAAGGGAGACUUUCGAAAAUAUGAUGUUAGGAAACCGAAACGGAGGUUUCAAACUAGACCUGCACAAUUAAUCAAAAUAAAAUCAAAAUUUUGAAAUUACUUUGUGCGAUUAUAAAACCGUAAAAGGCUGUAAUUUGAGUCAUAUUUGAAUAAAUAAAUAGUUUGCACGUGCUGCUCACUUCAAAGUUUAUGUGUGCUGCUCUGUCUGGUUUGUGUUGUGUUAGUGUAUUAUUACAGUGUUUUUAGAGCGGUUCUGAGCUCCAUAGUAACUCAGAGUAACAGAAGUGCGAUGAGUUCGGUUCCAUUUGCUUACGUGCGCUGAGCGCAUUAUAUUUAAAGCACUCCGGAUUCAUUUUCAUUUCAAUUCUGAGCAGUUCCAAAUAUGUUUGGCCGCUACAAGUUAAUAUGCAAAUAAAAUAACCCAUGGGUAUUUGUGGACAGAGGAGAUGUUAAAAUGAGUAGUACAUUAUACAGAUGUUGUGAACUCUGCUACAACCAGAAACAGCAUUUCCCAUCAAAAUAAAAGCUUGAUAUAUUGCAUAAUAAUAAUAGGUGUUAUAUUACAAUUAUAUAAUAAUUAAGUAGACUGGGUUCCAAAAAUAAAACAAAAAACCCAAUCACAAAGUGGACCCAAACAGGUACACGGUUGACAGGUACAAUGUGAAUAUUUUCUGUUUUACUAUUUUAUUUAUUUAUUUGUAUAUUUUUGGCUGUAGUAAAAAAGGUCCAAGUUUGGUUCAUUGUAAGACGUAAGAUAUAACCAUUUUAAUUUCAUAACAAAAAUCCUUAAAAUCGAAUUGCGUUAUCAAAAAAAUUUAAUGUUUAAAUCUACAGUAUUUUGAGCGUAGUUUUUUUGUUUGAUGUUUUGUUCAAAUCGCAAUAUUUUUCAAAAUAAUCGCAAUACGACUUUUUGUCCAAAUUGUGCAGCCCUACUUGAAACUUAAACAUAGUAGUGUGAACGUGGCCUAAAAAUGACAAAAAGUCUCAAAGUAGUCCAUAUGACUCGAAUACUAUAUUCCAAGCCUUCUGAAGCCAUAUGAUAGCUUUGCGUGAGGAACAGACAGAUAUUUAAGCUGUUAUUCACUGAAAAUCUUACCCUAAAAAGCUCUCAAAUGUUCUCAUUCGCGUUUGAUUAUUCAAAAUGCGCUGCGAGAUGACGUGUCACCCCAGUGUUGCAGAACGCCGUUGGUUCUUUCGUGUCUCGUAACUGACUGCGACAUGCCAAGUUGGAAUACGCAGGAGUGAGAAUGAGGUUCGAGAGGAAGAUUUUCUCUGAAUAAUGACUUGAAAUUUCUGUUCCUUUAACAAAGUCUUUCUUAUGACAUCAGAAGACAUGUUUGUGAAGACUUAUGGUGUCCUUCUUGGAGCUUGGCAGCCUCAGUCAGUCCCCAUUUGCUUUCAUUAUAUGGAAUAGAGGACAGUAAUCAUUCUGCUUAAGAUCAUCUUAUGGGCGUCACAGUAGAAAGUAAGUCAGGUUUGGAACAACAUGAGGGUGUCAAUUAAAUAUUUUCAUUUUUGCGUGAACUAACCUUGUUAACCUUUUAACCUUUAGUGACUCAGAACCAAAGGAAGGUCAUCUGACCCAUGACAGUGGAGUAAAAUUAUCUCUAUAUAUUUAGAGAAACUAAACGGGAGUACGGCUGUUUGUUUUUAGUGACUGAUCUGUCUGUUGCCUCUCUUUAAACUUGCACUUGAUGUACAGUAUAUGUUGUCAUGCACACCGACUGAUCGAUUGAGAGUGUGUGUUUGUCUUCUUCACCUGUAGCGUGUUACUGUCUGUGACGUGUGUUUUGCGUCUUGCACAUGUAUGCACAAGUGCCUGAAAAGAAAGUGAGAACAGCAACAUAUAUUACAACUAAACAUAUAAACACAUCUACAUCAUCUCUACAUGAGUUUUAGUAUUACAACUAAUACAAAAAGUAGAACUGCAUCAAAUGUUCACAUUAAGUUUGGUUUUUUGUUCAUACUCAUAGACAUAGAGUUUUUGUAUCGAAGUAUUGAAUUAUAUGAAAUCUAUGCUCUAAAAAGAAGAUUAUCAGGGUGAAUUUCACGAAAAUUUCACAUCAAGGACAUGUCCAGGUCAUAUUUACACCGAAACCAAAAAGAAAAUAUUAAGAAAAAGAAACCGGUUUUUAGGACUAUUAUAGUUUCUGCAUUGUGUCAUUAUUUUCACAAUAAAUAGACACACCCCACUCCCCAAUUCUUAGUAGUAGCCUACUGUAAUGCACAAAACAAAUCUUCAUUUAAUCCUAAAAAUGAUAAUAUAUUAUUUAAAUUGUACUGCACUGAUGUGCUGAUUUUAUUAAUCCAGAUUUUUGUUAAAAAAAUUGUCUUGACAUGAAGAUUUUCAUACUGUACUGCAGUAUUUGCGUUUUUUAUUUUUAUGCAUUAUGAGAAAUUGGAUCACAUGUAUAGACAAACACAAUGUGCUUAAGCUAACAACACACAAACAGUUAUUAUCUUUCAUGUCUUUAUUGAACACAUCCCAUUAAACAUUCACAGUGCUGCUGGAAAAAGUAAGUGAACCCUUGGAUUUAAUAACUGGUCGAUCCUCCUUUAGCAGCAAUAACCUCAAUCAAGUGUUUCCGGUAGCUGCAGGUUAGACCUGUACACCAUUCUUCCUUACAGAGCUGCUUCAGCUCAGUCAUAUUCUUAGGAUGUCUGGUGUAAACGUCUCUCUUGAGGUCAUUCCACAGCAUCUCUAUUGGGUUAAGGUCUGGGCUCUGACCGGGACACUCCAAAAGUGGAUUUUCUUUUUUUGAAGCCAUUCUGUAGUGGAUUUACUUCGAUGUUUAGGGUCAUUGUCCUGCUGCAUCACCCAACUUCUACUCAGCUUCAGCUGGUGCACAGACACCCUGACAUUAUCCUGUAGGAUAUCUUGAUAAACUUGGGAAUUACUUUUUCCCUCUGAUGGCAAGCGGUCCAGGCCCCGAAGGAGCAAAGCAGCCCCAAAUCAUGAUGCUCCCUCCACCGUACUUUUCACUAUGUUUUCAAGUUGUUAUGUGGUGGCCUGUUUACGCCAUAUGUAGUCCUUUGUGUUCUUCCCAAAUAAUUCAAUCUUAGUUUCAUCAGUCCACAAAACAUUUUCCCAGUAGUGUUGUGGAGUGUCAAGGUGCGCAGCAAUGUUUUUAUUGGAAAGCAGCGGCUUUCUUCGUGAUGUCCUGCCAUGGACACCAUACCUGUUUAAUGUUUUCUGUAUAGUAGACUCAUGAACAGAGAUGUUAACCGGUUCCAAUGAUUCCUUCAAGUCUUUAUCUGUCACUCCAGGGUUCUUCUUUACUUCACUGAGCAUUCUGUGGUGUGCCCUUUCAGUCAUCUUGGCUGGACGGCCACUUCUAGUGAGAGUACCUAUAGUACUAAAUCAUCUCCAUUUAUAGACAGUUUGUCUAACUGUGGACAGAUGAAUAUCUAAACUCUUCCAGAUAUCUUUGUAACCCUUUCCAGCUUUAUGCAAAGCAACAAUUCUUGAUCAAGAUCUUCUGAGAUCCCUUUUUUACGAGGCAUGGUCCACAUCAGCAGAUGCUUCUUGUGAAUAGCAAACUCAGAAUGUUUGAGUGCUUUUUAUAAGUCAAAGUAACUCUAACCCACAACUCCAAUCUCAUUUCAUUAAUUGGAUGCCAGGUUUGCCAACUACUGACUCUAAUUAGCUUUUGUUGAUGUCAUUAGCCAAGGGGUUCACAUACUUUUUCCAACCUACACUGAAUGUUUGAAUGAUGUAUUCAAUAUGUACAAUAGUUUGUGUGUUAUUAGUUAAAUCAGAUUGUGUUUGUUCAUUAUUGUAACUUAGAUAAAGAUCAAACCAGAUUUUAAGACAAAGUUAUACAUAACUGCAGGAAAUUCCAAAGGGUUCACAUACUUUUUCUUGCCACUGUACUAACGAGACAAUCACAGAAUACUAAAACAUAAAGUUUCAAUUAUUAUUAUUAUUAUUAUUAAUAUCAAUUAUUAUAACACGAUUUAUAAAUCUGAUAUCAUGAGGUUUGACUGAAAUCUGUGUUUUUCCAUUUAGAAGUAUGGAAUUGCAAGAUACUGAGUCUGGAACUCUGUUUCUGGAAUAUGUCUGACUUUUCUGAUCACUAAAUUCAUGCAUAUUUUAAUGUAAAGGUUUGCGAUGAGAAACUGAGGAUAUGUAGGAUUUUUAUCAUGCCGUUAUGUUGUGAAUGCAGAAUCACAGUGAUUUCCUCUCUCUCUGAUUCUGGAUCAUGAAAUUAAUUGAAUGCAUCUAAUGUUCUGAUAUUAAAAAAUUGUGAGGAUUUGUGCCCAA